AUGUCAUACCUUACUACAAACAACAACUUUGGAUCUUCCACUUCUUACUCUGAUUAUCGACCUUGGGAAUACGACAUCUUGGUCAAAAUAUUAAUCGUUGGAAACUCGGGCGUUGGUAAAUCAUGCCUUCUCGUUCGAUACAGCGAUGAUGAAUUCUAUGAAUCUCACCUCUCUACUAUUGGAGUGGAUUUCAAAAUCAAGACACAAACACUUCAAGAUCACAGAGUGGCUAAAAUACAAUUAUGGGAUACAGCAGGACAAGAACGAUUUGGCCAAAUUGUUUCAGGUUAUUAUCGAUCUUCGAAUGGCAUCAUGAUUGUGUUUGAUUUGACCGAUGAGAAAUCAUUUCGUGAAGUUGGUAAAUGGUUGGAUCAAAUUUCCAAGUAUGGUUCAGAGAAUACACCAAUGGUUCUCGUUGGAAACAAAUCAGAUUUAGUCUCAAAGAGAGUCAUUGAUCGUCGAGUGGCUGAAGAGUUUGCCAAGAAUAUGGGAAUGGAAUAUAUUGAAACAAGUGCCAAGAAUUCGACUGGUGUGGAUGUGGCAUUUGACAAGAUGCUUCAAGCUGUCAUCAAAUCACAAAAUUAUAUUGACAAUCAUCCAAAUAAUAAGAAAAAGACAGAUUCUUCGACGACUGUGAUUGGCCCAGGUUUGAGAGGAACCACCACAGUGACGGACAACAAUACCUGUUGUUGGAAAUAA